AUACGACAACUUCACUUGUAUUGUGUCGAUGGAUUGGAGGUAGUGGAGAACUAAGAAAAAGAAAGAACACCACGAAUUUGUGGUCUGAUCCGAGAGCACAGAUGAUUGACGAGACCGAGACGUUAUUCUGCUCUUCUUCCUCAAACAAUGCGAACAAUGGUAUGAAUAAAGGACGAACGACCUUGAACUUCAUCAAGGAUCCAUUGUUGACCAGUACGAGUGCCGCAACCGUAGUCUGCAUGGACGCAUAUAAAAACAUGGGUUUGGAAAACGAUGAUAACAACGGAGACAAGAUGAAGGUUAAGAAGACAACUUCAAAAACUCGACCUUGGAUAGUACAACUAGGUAGUCGUGUUACUGAUUUGAGUUUUCAUUAUGUAGAUCAUGUACUACUGAAAGAGUAGUAGGAAUAGACACGCAGGGGAAAAGGAUAUCAAUUUUCACGAAAUUGUGUCCUUACUUAUCUUCCUUCGCAAUUUCAUCGUCAAUAUUGAAUCCUGCUAUGGUUGUCGAACUCGAGCUCUUGUUGUGUGCAAAGAACUACUUACAUCAAAUGGUCGCUUGUUGUUGUUUGCUUUUUAAUGCAACAUGCUAGUACAACUACAGCUACAGCUGGUAGCAGAAGUCGUUGUCAGACGAGAAAUAUUGCGAAAAACCUUGCCAUGUGCAUGUUGUUUAUGUAGGUGCUGUAGCUCCUCUAAGAGGACGCUGACCGAAGGUGAUCCGUAUUCGAUCGAUCCCGCUUUGUAUAAUGAGGCGGCUAGACGACGUGAGUUAAUCUUGCGCAGAGUCAGGUGUCUUGAGCAAGGAGCGGCGGUCACAGUACUCCUGCCUAGCGGACAGACGAUAGCAGAGAAUGUACAACUGAACAAUUUUCUCGGUUAAGGCUUCUGCUUCUGGUUUCUUCUUAUCAUAUUCUUUCCCUUAUAAUAAUAAUGAAAAUGAGCUUGAGCUGGUGAAGAUUCCCCUCACAGUGUUUUUAGUGACUCCCCUAGCGGACAGACGCUAAGUUGAAGAAGCGACGCGGGGACAACGGAUUCUCUUGUGCGGUCCCGAGGGCACCGGUAAGUCCACUCUGCUGAGAACGUUAGCAGAUGUUUGGCCAUUUGUGAGAGUGGAUGCCGGUCGUGGUGGAGGAGCAUCUCCAACAAGAAAACAUCAAGGGAACCCUGUCGACGUUGAUUUUGGUACUUUGAGCACAAGACCAGGUGGAUAUGGUGGAUCCUUCGAGUUGGAAAAUAAGCCAAGUCUCAGUCUGAAGCCAAAGAAGGAACCCUUAAGGCUGGUGACCGUCAUUCUUUCAUCCACCUAUGAUUAUCUCCUUUGCCACGUACAUUUUCAAGGGGACGAAAACGUGUCAAAGCAACAUGAUGACAUCCAAGAUGAACGCGUUUUCAAGAGAACACAAACGCGUCAAACAUAUUUUGAGGAUACUUAACGUUAAUUAACUUCCUAAGAAGAUGAAUUUAGUUACGUCGAAGCUCUAAAACUCGCAAGAAUCUUGGAUUUCGUGUUUCGGUACUCUGCGACGGAAGGAUUAAAGCUGUUUCCGAAAAGCCUGGCAGAAGCAGAAAGCGAAGAUGAAGACGACAAGCAUGACUUAGAUUUACGGCUUUUGGUUUGGCUUUGAAUUUGAUCGUUGUAGAGAGGCAGGUGUAGAAAGGUUUCAUGAUUACUCAUGAGUUCGCGAAAGAAGUUGUAAGAGUGUUCUUGUGUCUUCUUGCAUGCGAUGCUGUACUCUGUAGUUUUUCAUUUUCUUUCCAGACACCUUGUGAAAGUGAAUGUAUAGGUACUAUCAUCCAUCAUCUCUAUCAGACCAUCUCUGUUUGCUUUCAAGGGGUUUUCGAAUUUGUUUCAGAAUGAGUUCGAGUUAGUUUGAUUGAGAAUGAAGAUCAAAUUCAUGAUGAACAUCUAGUUUGCAGAAGAAGAAGAAGAAGAAGUGCGCCAUUUGCUCCAUGUCUAAUAAAAACCCCCACGAGAGGAUGUAGAUCUACGACAUCGAAAUUGAAUGCAGCAUCCAGGAGACGCGAUUUGCAAAAUGAGCAUCAGCGUUUGCCCUACUUGAUACCUCAAAGAGGACCUGGCUUGCCGUAUCCUAUGACCUUCCGAGAAGCAAUUUGUUUUCCAGAUUCUAGCUCGGCCUAUUCUGACCGGGAAAUUUAUACGGCGUUGAAGAAAGUACGACUCAGUCUGGAAGGCAAGCGCAGAGCCAAAGAAGCAUCUUCUAGUAGUUCCUCGACGUAUGGGGGAAACAGCGGAGGGGGAGCAGGAGGCUCUUCCAAUGUUAAGAGCAACACUUCUCUCUCUUGCGAUUUAUAUUGGUCGUAGCUCUAGCUGUAGCUGUACAAUUAGAAUUAGCGUUGGAGUUUGUUGAGUUUUUUCUCAAUGCAACGAUGAAUAGCUUGUAUGAGUAUGUAGAGCAGAUGCUGCAGAAUAUUCAAUCAUCACGAUGCGUGUUGAUGUUUACCAUUACUUAUGAACGUGAUGUUGCUUCGCUGUCCCUUUUUAAGUCAAGCACCAAUGCUUCCAAAGGCGCCGCCAUGAAUUCUGAAGCGGAAUUGCGGGACUACGUCGAUGAUGACGAAGAGUUUUUGGUCGGCGGAGCCAGCAACAGUGGCGCUGGAGGCUACAACUAUGACGAUUCUUUCAGUGGAGGAGCUGCAAGAUCACCGACAGACUUCAUGGACGAACAGGAAAAUUAUGGCGAAGACGAAUUUCAUAGAGGGGAUGAGAUUGAGAAGAAGUAGAAGUUGUAGCAUAUGUUGUUAUUGAAAAUGACAGUGAGGGCAUAGGUUGCUCUCAGCAGGUGUUGUUAUAUUUUUGAAAGAGACUACAUCUACAGCAACAGUGACAGACUCUGAGACCACAAGGUCGGUGGCAAUGACAUUACAUGGUGUCAUGGUCAUCUGCAUUACUUCGUGCAGCAUAUCUUUCAGCUGUAUUUUUCUGUAGGAGUGGUUUUUUCUCUCAAAGUGAAAGCGAUUCGACGUUUAUUUUGUUGGAGGCAGUGUCACAGCACUGCAUCAAUACAUGAGUUGCGUCGUAUCUCUCUCUCUAAGAUUCAAGUAUUGGUCUGGAUACUGCUGUGGAUGUCGCGCAAGUUCUCUCCGGAGGGGAGUUACAACGUCUGAUGGUUGCACACUGCUUGCUGGCCAAACUUAUGGACUUCAGAAGUCUAGCAGUAGCAUCAAAAGCAAAAGCAUCUACUUACUAACUUGAGUAAGUCGAGAUUUUCAGAGUCUUAGAAGUAGAAGAAGUGUUUUUCUACAGAAGAGAGGCAGAGUCACGAAGAAGACUAGAGCCUUCCACGACCUUACUGUUUUAGAGCAUGUUGCACCAAGAUUGGAUUGGCUCGGUACUGGGUGUAGGUUUAGGAAGUAUGAACUAGAAUCAGAUAGAAGUAACCCGCCAGAAGUUGUCCUUAGUACUGCUCUGAAUAGCUGAAUUGAGUAAGGAUCAUAAUCACGUUGUUGAACUUGAAAGCGGCAAGGUCAUCGAUGGAUGAGCGCUAGUGUGAAAUGAGUAGCGUGAUCUUGGUGGGCCGUCGCUAACGAACCCCGAGUACUGCUGCUAGACGAGGCCCUGGUCCAUCUGUCCGACGAAAACCAACGAUGGAUAUACGAGCUGUUAAGCCAGGAGCUUGUUCAGCACCCCACGGUCCGAACAACGCUGAUUAUGAUGGGAACUUUUUUGAAGAUAAUCAUACCGCCGAGAGGACUAUACCUAACCGAAGCUGUACAAGCUACAUAACCUAGCCUAGCCUCUCCAUACCGAUUGGCUAGUAGAGCUAUAUGGUAGAACAUUAUGAGGAUAAGGGGUGACGUGAAGACACUUUUAUACUAUCCAUAACCUCACUAAUGGAGAAUAGUACAAAAGGCAACAGUAAGACGAUGAAGCGCAUGCUGUUGAUGUUGGUUCGUAGUAGGUUUCUGUUGUGCAGAUGAUGAAGCUCGAGGACAGCCAUUCUCUUAGCUUAAAUGUUGAAACUCUCAAAAAGUCAUGCAUAUGCAUCAAGAGGAAGUGUAUAACUACUACUAGAGCUAGACCAAAUCCAACUAUAACGUUGGAGGACAGACGUUCCGUCAUGUUUGAGCCUCACCUAUGACACAAAGACUCAGUUUCCAACCACUUCCAUUGAUUGGGAGAAAAGCUCGCCCUCAGGAAAUGAAUUUGAACUAAAGUCGAUAAAUUGAAUUUUUUUCGAGGAUUGUUCAGGAAAAAUGGAAUUUCAUUCGAAAUUUCAAACUUUGAACUUUCGAGAUUUUGACUUCUGUUCCAGACAUUGAACAUUCGUUCAAAAUCAAAUCUCUAAUCUAUUCACUGUCAGUCACGAAUGGAGGAAGCUGAUAUCGUGUCACGAUGCCUUCUUCACGAUCAAGGAGAAAAAAAUCGUGACCUUCGACGCAGUUGCUGAGGCAAAGGAGAUUUAAGGCUUGAGGGUGUGGCACUAGCAGUUGCUGGCAUCUAAAUAGCAAGAAGUAGCCGAACAGUGUCUGCAUCUCCCUAGAAGUUACAUUUGUGAUCUGAAAAACUGCUUCUCUUUCCUAGAAGUAACAUCUCCGAAUUUUCAUGUAAAUGCUUGUGCUGCGUAACAUCGACUACAUGCUCAACUUUUAUUCUCUACCUGACCGAUAAUUCAGUGCAAAGUAAAGAGCUUUCGUCAAUACUCAGAGAACUGAUAUUGCUGAACACUGUUCAACUUCAGCGUGGUUGUAUUUCGAUUUCCUUGAACCAAAUAAGUGC